AUUUCUAAGUUCCUACUUUCGGGACCAAAGACAAAGUACGAAAAUAGAAUCGGACGAGAAUUCUUAGAUUAGUCUGUAACAUUUAAAGUCAACAGGUAACUGUCGCUUUCAGGAUGAAUAAUUAGGAAAUAAUUGUGGACUUUCCAAUGGUUCUUCAUUGCUAUUGGUCUUAGGCAGAAAAGGCCGCUGUUUGCGACUUCCUGUGAAGUAAGUUUCAAACAAUUCAACUGAAAGAUGGGGAAAAAGCAAGUGAUGGUGCCGGUUAAUGAAGUAGACCUCACCGAAGUGAAAUAUGUGCCGGAAAAAUUUGAAGCUCCACAUUUGACUGGUUUUUGGUUCAAGUUGUUUGUUAAAGUAAUGGAGGCACCCUUAAUUGGUUCUUUAAUUACCAGUCACCUGAAGCAGAAGAAUGGAAUGACUGAGAUUCUCAAGAAUACUGUGAUCCCAGAGGUGCCCAUGUUCAUUCCACAAUUCCCUGUUCAAGAUCCAGAGCCUGGUGUUGUUUGCUUAGAAGAAGAUGGAAAACCUGAAGAACGGGUUGAUUUAGCCUUGAAGUGUCUUCCACAUUAUGAUCCUUCUAGCAGUUGGAAUUCUGGUUCAGGAGAACCGUUCCCAUUCCGCUACUGGAAAAUUCGUGAUUAUGGAUAUGCUUACAGAUCUAAAUUUACUACCCCAUCUAUGGUUGCAGAGCACUUUAUCUCAGCAAUAGAGGUACUUAAUGAUAAGCAGCCCUCAGCACCGUUAUUAAUCUCCUUUGACCCCAAGGAGGUGAGAAGGCAAGCUGCAUCUUCCGCUCAAAGAUUUGAGGAAGGAAUACCAUUGUCGAUCUUGGAUGGGAUUUUAAUUGCAGUCAAGGAUGACAUUGAUUGCUAUCCUCAUCCUUCAAAGGGUGGUUCUACAUGGUUUCAUGAGGUUCGCCAGGUAAACACAGAUGCAGUUUCUGUGUCAAGAUUACGAAGCAGUGGUGCAAUUUUAGUAGGAAAGACAAAUAUGCAUGAAUUUGGUAUGGGCACAACAGGGAAUAAUCCGAAUUACGGUACACCUGGAAAUCCGCAUAAUCCAAAAAGAUACACAGGUGGUUCUUCCUCAGGUUCAGCUGCAAUUGUCGCUUCUGGAUUGUGUUCAGCAGCAUUGGGAACAGAUGGUGGAGGUUCAAUACGAAUUCCUGCUUCUCUUUGCGGGGUUGUCGGCUUGAAAACAACAUUUGGACGGACUGACCUGACAGGGUCACUGUGGGAAGCAGGAACAGUCACGAUUGCUGGACCCAUCACAGCUACAGUUGAGGAUGCCAUACUUGUGUAUGCAGCAAUCUUAGGAUCCUCUCCAGCUGAUCGAAUUCCACUGAAUCCUUCCCUCCCUUGUUUACCAGAUUUAUGUUCCAAUGAGAGUUCAAACAUUUUGGGAUCACUUACCCUGGGAAUGUAUACAAAGUGGUUUAACGAUGUUAGCUCAACCGAUAUAUCUGACAAGUGUGAAGAUGUCCUAAACCAACUAUUUCAUCUGUAUGGGUGCAAAACAACAGAGAUUGUCAUACCGGAGCUUCGCGAGCUGCGCACAGCCCAUACUGUUACUUUUGGAUCUGAAUCGCUAUGCUUAUUGAAUCCUGAUUGCGAGGAUGGGAAAGGAGUAAGAUUGACUAAUGAUACUCGCACAAAUCUAGCACUCUUCAGAUCAUUUGCAGCAUCAGAUUAUGUUUCUGUCCAGCGCCUUAGGCGAAGGAUAAUGCACUACCACAUGGAGAUUUUCAAGAAAGUAGAUGUCAUUGUAACACCUACCACUGGAAUGACAGCUCCAGUAAUUCCAAAAAGUGCUCUUGAAGUUGGAGAGACAAAUUUGCAAGUUGUAGCAAGCCUAAUGCAAUUUGCUAUAACAGCAAACAUUCUCGGGCUUCCAGCAAUUUCUGUCCCUAUUGGUUAUGAUAAGCAAGGACUUCCAAUAGGCUUGCAGCUUAUUGGUCGUCCGUGGUGUGAAGCUACAAUCUUGCGUUUAGCUAGUGUGAUAGAGGAAAUCUCUGCAGAGUAUCGGAAGAAGCCAAUGGAGUUCUAUGACAUCUUGAAAGGGAAGUGAGAAUAAUGUUUUUCAAGACAGAACUGAAAGAGAGCGACGGAACUGACAGGAAUAAGCUUAAGCCUAACCUCCGGGUAAGAAAAGAUUUCAUCACAAAUGAAUUUACAUAGAGAACGAAUCGAAUAAGAGCUGAAGAACCAUACUCCUAGAUAUAGAAAUGUGGUUGCUUUUUCAAUAAUUAUAGCUAGUGGAAUUUUUGGUGAUAUAUGCCUUCAAUUCAUGUAUUUAGUACCAGCAACCUUUCUGUAAUUUUCUACAUCCUUGAAGUUGUACACUGAAACUGCUUCAUUCAUAGUUUAAUGCAUAUUUGGUUAAUUUUUC